AAAAGAGGAAGCAAAUAAGACACGAAGUUGUGUAAGGAAAUUUUAAGCCGCAAUUUACCGUAAAAUUGUGCUUGUAAAAGGCAUUAAAAUUUAUCGAAAUUGUCACUAAAGGUGUUGCUAAACAAAGAAGGUAGAAGUUUUGUGAAAUUGUGAGGACUGACCGAAACCGCACACGUAAUGGCUGGUGCAAUGAUGUUCGAUCGCGCACAGUCGCUGCAGCUGAAUCGCCAGGAUCUGUCUUCGAUUGCGGCCGACCUGGAGGUGGACGAAAAUGAUGAGGAGCAAAUCCGUCAAAAGGAACAGAAAAUUAUCGAGCUUGGCGAAGCCUACAAAAAGGAAGGCAAGGCUAAGGAGCUGGCCGACUUGAUCAAGGUCACCCGACCGUUCCUAAGCUUCCUCAGUAAGGCUAAGGCUGCCAAGUUGGUUCGAUCGUUGGUGGAUCUGUUCCUCGAUUUGGAAGCGGAAACGGGCAUCGAAGUGCAACUCUGCAAAGAAUGUAUCGAAUGGGCCAAACAGGAAAAACGUACGUUUUUGAGACAGUCCUUGGAGGCGAGACUGAUUGCUUUGUAUUUUGACACGGGAAUGUAUACGGAAGCACUGGCUCUUGGCAGUCAGUUGCUGCGGGAGUUGAAGAAGCUGGACGACAAAAAUUUGCUCGUUGAGGUGCAGCUGCUGGAAAGUAAGACCUAUCACGCACUUAGCAAUUUACCCAAGGCCCGUGCUGCGUUGACCUCGGCUCGAACCACAGCCAAUGCGAUCUACUGUGCGCCGAAGGUGCAGGCAACGUUGGAUUUGCAGUCUGGAAUUUUACAUGCUGCCGAUGAGAGAGACUUUAAGACCGCCUUCUCCUACUUCUACGAAGCGUUCGAGGGCUUCGAUAGCGUCCAGAGUCCGAAGGCACUGACCGCACUUAAGUAUAUGUUGCUGUGCAAAAUCAUGCUGGGCCAGAGCGAUGACGUGAAUCAGAUCGUCAGUGGAAAAUUGGCAAUCACCUACUCCGGUCGUGACAUCGAUGCGAUGAAAGCCGUUGCACAGGCCUCGCACAAGCGUUCGUUAGCCGACUUCCAGGAAGGUCUCAAGGAGUAUAAACACGAACUGGAAGAUGACGUAAUCGUGAAGGCCCACCUGGGAACGCUGUACGACACAAUGUUGGAGCAGAAUCUGUGCCGCAUUAUCGAGCCGUACGCGCGCGUCGAGGUCAGCUACAUCGCCGAACAGAUCGCCCUGCCAAUUGCCCAGGUCGAGAAGAAACUGUCGCAGAUGAUUUUGGACAAGAAGUUCAGUGGAAUUCUCGACCAAGGCGUCGGAGUGCUGAUCGUAUUUGAGGAAACUCCGGUGGAUAAGACCUACGAUACGGCUCUGGAGACGAUACAGCACAUGGGUAAGGUAGUGGACACAUUGUACCAGAAGGCUAAGAAAUUGACGUAAGUACACCUGUCGAAAGUGGGGACAGUAGGUUCUUUUCUAUUUAGGCUUUUGUUUUCCUGGUUCGUACGAUGAGAGAAAAAAAAAACAUUCACUGUUCAAUUUGUCAAUCAGUUGAUCGUCUCUUAUUAUCCGUUAUCGUUGGUUGGCACAUUCACAAAAAAAAAGAAGAAAAAUAAAUAUAUAGCAAAAAAGAAGUCCAUUAGCAACAGAAACUGAAAGAUUACAACAGGAACGUAUUUAACGAAAUAAUUAAUAAUAUUCUGAACCACUAACCGUUGAAUGACACAUAAACUAAGACUUCGGGCAUAGACCGGAAACGAGGAUACUUAGAGCGUUGAAAAAUAAUUAAACUUCGAUUUUCGCAGUCUGAAGCAGAAAAGGAAGGAGAGCAAGAACAAUAGAAAUUACAACACUAUGCGAUUAAGAGAAUAUCAGGAAGUGUAACCCACUGCAACAUGAUUUAAUAAGAACAGCUUAAGACCUUCAAACCAUUAUCAAGUAAAUUAUUUCGUAUAAAUCUA